CCCGUCCCUCCCACCCCACCUCCUCCUCCAGCAUGCCGAAGCGUCCCUCCUCCUCCUCCGGCCCGAGCGCCGCCAAGAAGCGCUACCGCGCCACGCUCUCCUCCUCCUCUUCCGCACGCGUCUGCGGGCCCGGCAUCUUCUUGACGUGUGUGCGCGGCAAGGAGAGGAGGGCGGCGGAUGAGGCCGUGGCCUUUCUCAACGAGGUGGCGGACAAUAUGUAUGCGGGCGUAGUGUGCACCAGCGAGACGCCGAGACAUGCGGUCAAGGUCAAGCAGGGCGCGACGGGCGCCGGCGGCGAGGAGGACGAUGACGAAGAUGAAGACGACGACGAGGCGCGGCCGAUGGGUGCGCAUGCAGUGGAGGUGGAUGAGGAUGAUCUCGACGCCUUGAGGAACGCCGCUCCUGCCGCUCCUGCCGCGAGCAAGGCGCAACAGGCAUCCACAGCCGCGUCCGCACCGGCAUCGGCAUCGCCACCAGCGUCCGCAGCAGCGUCUACACCACCGCCAGCGCCGCGCGCCAAGCCCGCACCAGCGCCAGCGCCAGCGCCAGUCAUGUCCGACAUCGAGGCGCAGAUCGCCGCGGAGCUGGCAGAGCUUGCGGCGGCGCAUGAGGGCGGUGCAGGCGGUGGUCCCUCCUCUGCUGCCAAGGGCAAGGGCAAGGGAGCGGAGAAGCCACGCGAUGAGCAGGGCAAUGUGGUGCCGAGCCCGCGAAGGAGGUUCGAGAUUGUAGAGACGGGCACGGAAUGCUUGCGCUUCAUCAGUGUUGCGCCGCCGCUCGAUCCGUUCAGGUUGGUGCUGGGCCUGAUGGAAGAAGUCGAGAGGACGGGCGAAGCUCGAUCUCGGUUCGUACAGCGUCUCUCUCCCGUCGCAGGCACGUCGCGUGCGGAUCUAAAGAGCGUCGAGGCACUCGCGAGGGAGUUGCUGCCUAGGUGGUUCGCUUCGUCGUCCGCUCAAGCGUCGCUCGAGGGAGCUGAGAAGGGAGUGACCUACAAAGUCGAGCCGCACAUUCGCUCGCAUACCUCUCUCUCGCGCGACGACGUGAUCCGCACCAUCGCCUCUUGCGUCCCUUGCGACGCAGGGCACGCAGCAAGCCUGUCACACCCGGAUGUUUGGAUCAUGUUUGAGGGCAUUCGCAACGUGUGCGGCCUAGGUGUCUCGAAAGACUACCUCAAGUACAAGAAGUACAAUCCGCAGCAGUUGGCCGAGGCGACGAGGAAGAAGAAGGAGGAAAGCGAGAGGGCAGAGGGACUGACGCGCGUCGCUGCUCCUGCGGCGGGGAAGAAGGAGGAUGGAAAGAAGGAGGAAUGAGGGAAAGGAGGAGGCUGCGUGAUGCCUUUUUUGCCCAUCAAAUCACGAGGGCGGCAGCGUCACUCCAAUCAAUCAUCAAGUCAGAG